AUGGAGAAGAGUAGGAGAAGGCUAAAGCUAUGCAGUGCAGCCCCACUAACAGCCUCACUAAUCAUCCUUUUCCUAAUUCUUCAUUUUUAUGGUGCAAAUAUUGUCUCAUUUUAUCAAUGGUCAACAAGAUCUCAAUUUGAAGACCAAAACUCAUUCAAUUCACUCAUUGCAAGACUCGUUAGAGGAGAAGAUCGGAGAAAGCUGCAAACGACAGGCUACGCUUGUGAUGUCACCGAAAACUCCCUGGUUUGUGUAACAAACCACGGAGUAAGAAUCAAGACCAACAAGGAUAUUAUUGCGUACACUGAAAACUCCGGGCGAGAAGCGAGCAGCAUGAAGCCGUACGCUCUGCAGAAAGAUAAGUACCUUCUACAGUGGAUAACGCCAGUAAAGAUAUUACAUGGGGCCAAAAACCCGCCCGCCUGCCAUUACAACCACACUGUCCCCGCAGUGAUCUUCUCGUCCGGCAUAUUGGGGAACAUAUUCCACGAAUUCAACGACAUUAUCAUCCCCCUUUUCAUCACAACCAGCCAUUUCAAAUCCGAGGUCCUCUUCAUCUUAGAGGACUAUGAUGCCUGGUUUGUCACCAAGUUCAGCAAGAUCCUGUCGCGCCUGUCUCGUUACCAUGUGAUGAAUCCGGCUGCUAAUGCAACCGUCCAUUGCUUCCCAGGAAUGAUCCUGGGGCUCAGGUACCACGACAAUCUGGCCCUGAACCCCGGGGACAUCCCUGGAGGGUACUCCAUGCGCGACUUCAGGCAGUUUCUUGCAACAGCAUACAGCCUGAAGUUCGCGCAUGUUUCCCAGGUGAUUGCAGAAGAGCCAACGGUGAUGCUGCUAUCGCGCGAGAAAACUAGGAAGUUUUUAAAUGAAGAUGAGAUUGUUAGCAUGAUCCAAGGACUCGGGUUCAGGGUUGUGGUGGCCCGAACCAAGGAUGCCAUGAAUCUUGAUGAGUUCGGGAACAUGAUAAAUUCGUGCGCUGUGCUGGUGGGCGCUCAUGGGGCCGGGCUUACGAACGAGCUCUUCUUGCCUGCAGGGGCCGUGAUGGUGCAAGUGGAGCCGGUGGGAGUAGAGUGGGCGGCUUCGAAAUAUUAUGGCGACCCGGCUGGGGCAAUGGGCGUGCACUACCUGCGUUACAAGAUCGAACCGGAGGAGAGCUCAUUGGUGGAGUUGUACGGGCGGAAUGAUUCGGUCAUCACGGACCCGGAAAGUUUCUAUGGCAUGGGUUAUCGGCUUGCUCGGUCUGUGUAUCUUGAGCAGCAGGAUAUAAGGGUUAAUGUAGCAAGAUUUAGAAACACAAUGGUUCAGGCACUUGAGCUUGUUACAAAAUGAAAUGGAAUUGAGUAUUGUUCUUAUUGCUUUGUCAAAUAUUUUAUUCCAAGGAAUUUGAGGUUACA